AUGGCUGAAAAGUCUGCUUCUCUGCAAUUGUCUGAAACAAAAAACAGAACAGAGGAUCAAAACAGGGAAAAGGAGAAGAAGAGUGGGAAAGUACUGAAAGGGAUAGACAUUAUGGACUGGAAUUUGAAGACAUACUCUUGGGAUUUACCCCAAUUUGAGCAGGAAACAAUUCCCAAUAUGGAUGCAAUUAGUGGGUCGAGUAGCUUUGUAGGACAGGGAAUUAAGGGAGACUUUUCAAUUGAUUUGAAGCUUGGUCAGGUGGCUGAUGCAGGCAAUGAAUUAGCAGAUAAUUUAAAGGUGCCAAGUGUUUCCCAAACGGCAUUAUCGGCAUCAGGAUCAUCGAAGAGGCCUCGAGGGAAUGGUAAUGGAAAUCAGAGAGCAUCGUGCCUCGUGGAUGGGUGCAAUGCAGACCUUAGCAAGUGCAGGGAUUACCAUAGGCGCCAUAAGGUCUGUGAGCACCACACUAAGACUCCACAGGUCACAAUUCGUGGUCAGAAGCAACGCUUCUGCCAGCAGUGCAGCAGGUUCCAUUCGCUUGAGGAGUUUGAUGAGGGGAAGAGAAGCUGCAGGAAGCGUCUUGAUGGACACAACCGUCGGCGACGGAAGCCACAGCCGGAACCCAUGUCUCGUCUUGGGAGCUUAAUGUCGAAUUACCCAGGUUCCGGAUAUUUGUCGUUCUCCAGUGCACAGUCAUUUCCAAUCGCUGCUGCAUCAAAUCCUAUCUGGGCUGGAGUCGUGAAAGCUGAGCAAGAUUCUAAUCUCCACAAUGAGCACUCACAAUUACACUUGUCCAAUAGUCAAAACCUAUUUCCCGAGCCGUCUUCUAGCAGCAAUGCAGGAGUAGGGAAGCAAUACAGUUUCUUACAGGCAACUAACCUUGCGCUCGGCAACCCUACAACUUCAGAAGCUUCCAUUUUCAUCAACACUGUUGCUUCAUCACAAAAUGAUGGCGGUCGCCACAAAAUGCUCUGCGAUGGAUUGUCAAAACGAUUCCUCCAUUCGGAUUGUGCUCUCUCUCUUCUGUCAUCACCACCAACACAGAGCCACUCAAUCCCAAUGGCACAGCCCGUAGACCCAGGCCUAAAUUACAAUACUCUGGAGUCUAUGGAUUCAAUUCUGGUUCCCAAUGCUGGUGAUGUUAGUAUCCAUUACCAAGGACUCUUUCACACAGCGCCCGAUGUACCCUCUGAUAAUGAAGCUCCACAAACACUUCCCUUCUAUUGGGAAUAG